CAAGAGUAAACCCACAAUGGUCAUGUUUUCACGUUUUUGAUCCCAAAUUGUUAAAUGUCCUGCAGUUAGUCAUUAAGGAUGGCAGGUGAAGUGAACAUCCCGUUGUGUCUAGAUCAUGAAGUGUGUAAGAAGAUGUCUGAUUUGGUGGAAGAGCUGACAACAUCUGGUCAGUCCACACUGGACCAGGAUCGGAUGAAACAGUUCAAGAAAAUAUGCAAAAAGUCUGAUGAUUACGUGGCACAUGCCUAUAGUUUGCUGAUGGCACAACUAGCCGAGGAUCAUGCAGAAAUCAGGCUCUCCUCCUACCAAAUCAUAGAUGAACUGUUCAACAGAUCACACAUGUUCAGGGAACUUGUUGUCUCGGAGUUCCAAACCUUCCUUGAGCUGGCUGUUGGUAUCAGUUCUGACUGCCCACUUCCUCCUCCAGACGCUACUGCCAGAAUCCUGGUCACCAAAGCUCUAGAAUCCAUUCAGCAGUGGAAGAACAAAUAUGGAGAGGCCUACAAGAAACUUAACCUGGGAUAUAACUUUCUCAAGAACUGCAAAAAUAUUGAUUUCAACAACAUCGAGGCUCGGAGUGUGGCCCAGCGACGAAGAGUCAAUGAACAAGAGGAGAGAAGACGCAUAAUGCUCAAUGCAAAACUUGACAAAGCUCGAAAAGAACUUGAUGAUAUUAAAGACGAAGUGGAUCAGAGUUUAACUGAAGUCAACAGUUGCUUUAAACUCUUGUUACCUCAUCUGGAAGAGUUUAAACUAGGGGAAGAUACAUCUAAAGACAUUGAUUUGAUCAGUAAUGUGACCAGGAAAACUGAUACUGAAAAUUCAAAGACAAUGACCUCAGCAGAAUUGGGCGAUGCUGGUACAAGAGUGAACACAACUACAACAUCGAUUUUAACACCAUCAACAUGUUCAGAAGAUCUCAAACUAAAAUUUGAAAGUGAGUUACAGUCAUCACCAAGUGCCUGUGAACUGUCUAGUGCAGUAACUGAGCCUGAUGCUAGCGAGAACAUUGAGGCUCUAGAGGAGGAGGUCCAGGAGGGUCAAGAGGCUGGGUCAACAGAUGUCAUACGUGAGAGUGGAUUGGGAACUCGCAGCUAUAAUAUCAGUAUUAAUUUAAACUCGAAUGGGAUAACUCUGAAUGAAGAUGAAGAUAACACAGACAUUCUCAACAAUCUGCGGGAUCAGAAUCGGCUAAUCACCACAAAGUACCUGCCUACUGUUGUCAAGUGUCUAACGGUGAUGUCUAAGGCUGGAGUCCCAGAAGAUGAACUCAAAGGUACUAUAGAUCUGAAAAUGCAGUUAGAGUCGGCCAAACUCAAGUUUUCCGACCUCACUGUGAAGCAAGCUCUCGGCAUUCAGAGUUUUGAUCACAUGACUGGCCCCGCAGAUUCAGAUGAGGAGGACAUGGAGGAGGUCCUGGACAAGGAGGGUUUUGAGCCAGUUAUCCCCCCUCACCUCAGGAAAGAGUACGGACUGGACCCCCUGCCCUCCACCUCCAGUAAUCCCUCUAUGCUGAAGCAAACUCCUAGGGACUGGAACAUUAAGCACAUCACCCACUCUAAAGAAGACAUCAAGGAUCCCACAACAUUUGCUGCUAACAUCGCCAAGAUGCACCAGAGUGUUGCCAGGGAAGCUCUUGGCAGAAUGGUGAAAUCGGACUCAAACUCAAAAGAGGGUUCAAGGGGAGAUAAAUCUGGUGAUGUGGCUAGAAAGGGCAAGUUAAUGGAGAAAGCACCAGUUUUACCUUUUGGAUUUGAUCUGGAAAGCUGGGAAAAUCCAAAUGCUGAGGGUCCACUUGUUCUCAAGAAUAUGUCUCUUCAUCGAUGGUGGACGCCUGUUGACAAUGAUGAAAGGCUGACCUCAGGUAGUUUAGCUGCCUUGAAGAGCAGAACAAUGGAGUUUACUGGUCAGUUUAUCCCUGUCAAAUGGAAGUGUCGAGCUCCGUUACCUAACGGGAGGCUGUGUGAACGCAUGGACAGAGUGAAGUGUCCGUUCCAUGGUAAAAUCAUUGCCCGGGAUGAGCUGGGAAUUCCUGCUGAUCUACAAGAGGAAAUUAAUUUGGCUCAGCGAGAGCAGGCUGCCAAAGGGAAAGGGAAAAUGCCCAUCUCUGAAGACUUGGAGCUUCAGCGUGACAUUGAGGCUGCCACUGGUCUGGAUCUAGGCUCAGGGAAGGGAAAGGGAAAAGGGAAAGGGAAGGGGAAAAGGUCAAACUUGACAAACAUCAAGGCUGCACAGAACACUGUGCGCAACCGCUUGGAGAAAAAGGUCUUCAACAAGAGGGCAUUAAAGCGGGUUGCUACAGCACUGGACAACUUUGACCACAAGAGACACCGAGACAAAUUUGCUAACCAGUUCCAUUACUCUUUGCCAUCUUGACCUCAAGUCAUCAACUUAACACCAUCUUCAACCACUUUUAGACCGGCCCGGAUAGCACAGUUGGUAGAACGUCCGCUUCGGGACCGGUAGAUCCAGGAUCAAUCCUUGGUCGAGUCACACCUAAGACUUUAAAAGAGGAAGUUGUAACUUCCUCGCUUGGCGUUCAGCAUGAAGGGGAUAGUGCAACGACUGGUUGACCCGUAUCAGUAUAAUGGCUCGGGCGGGGCUGCUUACUUGCCUUCGGUAAGUCGUCUCAGUGAUGCAGCACUAAAUAAAAGAGCGGUGGAAAUCCGUCCUGCAACAAGGAGGCACAUUACACGUGCAUGCACCCUAAUGAUUCCUUCAUCGUCAUAUGACUGAAAAAUUGUUGAGUACGACGUUAAACCCCAAGCACUCACUCACUCACUCAACCACUUUUGUAUGUAUAGGUAUGAGAGUGUGUGAAUGUUGUGUCGCAUUAUCAGGGGAAUAAACAAUUGAGCUACAUGUGUGAAUAAUUUCAGCAUUGAUGUAUGCCUGCUGAAAUUUAGACUUUGUCUUGAAUGAACAGACAGGAGAUGUGUCUCAUCUACAUAGAUGUAUAUAUUUUACUAUUUAUCCUUUUUUCUCGUUUUAUCUCACUGUUUGUCACAUACGUUUUAUUUCGUAUAUGUCGUAUACAAACUCACCUGGUAGGCAUACAUAUACCUGAUAGGAAUUUACAUUUCCUGGUAAUUUUGUGAAAACUGCAGGCAGUUUGAGCUCAGUUUUAGCUAUCUGAUUACUUGGCAUAUGAUAUUGUAAAUAACUCAGUUGUUGUUGAUAGGUCUAGCUAACAUAUAUAGGUGUAAAAUACUCACAGAGGUUUGUUUUAUCUUCAUAAUCUGUAUCCAGAGUACUUUGAUAUUAAGUACUACUGGUACCUUCAACAGUGCAGUGAGUGUGUGCAUUUCUAUACCUUAGUACCCUGUUGGAUGUUGUGUAAAAGACUGUGUUAUGGAUUUGCUGAAGGUGCAAGUGGUAAGGCAAGGUACAGUCAGCUUGUGCUUAGCUCUGUGAAUAUUUAAGGUGUAAAUUAAUUAUUGUUUAUGUAUUCCCACAUAGUGUGAUUAAUCAGUUACUGAAUAUGAAUUUGAAAAAUAUUGAAAUGUAAAUACAUUCUGUAUCAUAUUAUGAUAAAUUAUUAUGUCAACAUUGACCUAAAUGUUGACAAUUGUUCAGGAAGUCAAAAUGAGUUCUGGUAUGUAAUAUAAGUGGUUAAAAUUUGUAGUAACAUUUGUAGCAUACAUGAAGUAGUUCAUAGAAAGGUAAAAGGGAGUUCUAUACAUAUUUGGUCUUUCGUGUUAUCAGGAGAAAAUGAUCUGUGACGUAAUUAAUUAAUUACUACCUCUUGCUCAUCGAUAUUUGCCCUACCUUAUCUGACUUAAUAUUGUAUUUGCACUAAAAUUUCCCUGAAAGAGUGCAUUUUAAUAGCAAAUAAAGGCAAUAAAAUACUACUUCUCGUGCUGAAACAUACGUUUUCCCAAAUAUUUGUUUGUUUGUUUGACUGAUGUUUUAUGCCGUGCUCAAGAAUAUUUCACUUAUACG